UUCUGGUUGGCGCGUCGUGCAGAUCAAAGAGGCAGCAAGUUGGUGCUCUUCAGCUAUCGCGAAUAUUUCGCGCGCCGGCCGGCGAUUGUUUCCAAUUUCCAUCACUGCGAUUCAUUUGCUUUCCGCUGUUGAUAUUUGUUUUUCCGGCUUUUACGCCGUUCUUUUCUUACUUACCGACCACAUUAAUUCCGUUGUCAAAACGGGAAAACAAAGUUUUUUCGCAUUGUGGCGAAACUUGGCCAGUUGGUCCGACAAACAAAAACUUUCUAUCGUUAAGAACGAAACUUUUCUGUGAGUAAUUACAUCGUGAAAUCAACACAAGAAACAGAUGCGAGCUAUAAAGUGAGAGGAAGAUGUAUUUGAAAAACUGUUCGAAAGCCUUUGAGGAACUCGCCGACUUUAAAGACUGUAAGGAGAAUUGCUCAUGCAUUUGGGUCUCUCCCAGUGGUGCAACGAGAAGUGAUAAUGGAACUUCCAUUGAUUCUUUUUAUUUAUACGAGGUGGAGCAUUUCACAGUAUUAUGGGUCCUUUUGAUAGUAAUUGUUAUUGGCAAUAGCGGCGUUUUAUGUUCACAUUUUAUUGGAAGGCCUAGGAAAAGUCGGAUGAAAUUUUUCAUAGCCCAUUUAGCAUUUGCAGAUCUCACCGUAGGUCUAAUUAGUGUUCUCACAGAUAUUGUAUGGAGAAUGACAGUGACCUGGUAUGCCGGAGACACUUGGUGUCGAUUUAUAAAAUUUGCCCAGGCUUUAGUAACAUAUGCUUCAACGUACGUGCUUGUAUCACUAAGUAUCGACCGAUAUGAUGCUAUACGACAUCCGAUGAAAUUUUCAGGCAGUUGGAGAAGAGCUAAGAUACUAAUAGUUCUUGCAUGGGCAGUAAGUGCAUUAUUCUCAGUUCCAAUGCUAUUUUUAUAUGAAGAAAAAAUCAUACAGGACCAACCACAAUGCUGGAUCGAGUUCCGAGAACAAUGGCAAUGGCAGCUUUACAUGGUGCUCAUUUCCUUAGCUUUGUUCGUGAUUCCGACCAUAAUUAUAACCGCUUGUUAUGCGGUUAUGAUUAAGACAAUUUGGACUAAAAGCGCUGUACAGUUUCCUCGAGGACACAGAGGCAGCACUAACGACCGAAUAGGUUCAGACGGCGAUCGAAGAGCUUCAUCCAGAGGACUCAUUCCAAGGGCCAAAGUAAAGACAAUUAAAAUCACACUUGUUAUCGUCUCAGUAUUCAUUGUGUGCUGGAGUCCAUACAUUAUUUUUGACUUACUCCAAGUAUUUGGCUACAUACCUCCAACGCAAAGAAAUACAGCGAUUGCUUCAUUCAUUCAAAGUUUGGCACCAUUAAAUUCUGCAGCAAAUCCGAUAAUUUAUUGCAUAUUUUCGACGCAUAUGUGCAAAUUUCUCGGAAAUGUGGCCCCGUUUAAAUGGUGCAAACUUCAAAAGAAACGCAAAUCCCGAAACUCGACAACGAAGAGCAGCAGUAUCUCAGAAGUGCUUACAAAUAACACGGCGAAACGAAGAUCAGAUAUGGUUACCUCAAUUAAUAAGGCACAUACAGCAAUUGUGGUCGCUUUAGUACAUGAGAAAACUUAAAACGGAAAAUCUACUGUAGCCUUUAGAUAUUAAUCAUCGAUGUUCCUUAUACUAAUUUCAAAUUAUAUGUUCCAAAGAAAGUUUGAGCUCUACGUGUAAAUAGAUCUUUUAUGGUUUUCUUUAAAACGUCCUGUAUGAACUAAAUCAACUAACUAUAAACAACAUUCGCAAAACGUUUAGUGAGGUGGAAUAUUUGACAAUUUGAUACUUUUUUAUAAAAUUUCCAUCAAAAUCCACAUGCAAACAAGAACUCAUUGUAUUUGUAUUGUAACCGUAUUGUAUGAUAAGUUAUUCAAUCUGUGAUUGUGGGGGAAACUGUGAUAUGACUAUUUUAUUAGCUUUAGAAACCCAAUCUCAGAUAACGUGAAUCUUAACUGUAUGUAACAAGUAAAUGUCCAAUCUGCUACAUAUUUGAAAUAAACGAAUCUGUAUAUGCUUAAA